AAGAUCCGGGCGCGUCACUGUUAUAUCACGCAUCCCGAGAGCCAUACCGUCCCUAUCCAUCUCCUUGCCCAAUCCACAGAGCGAGAGCGAGGAGCUACCGAGCUAUAGCGAGCUGCGAGUGCGAGUGCGAGCCCGUGUGUAGCUGAAGCAGAGCACGCCAAGAACAAGAGAAGCUGAUGGCGGUGGUGAGCGGCAACGGCGGGAGGCUGAACCCGUGGGCGGAGCCGUUCGUGCCUGCCGGGGUGCGUUACCACGGCCUGCAGGCGGCGGCGGAGGCGGAGCAGGAGGUGGAGGACUUCUCCCCCGAGUGGUGGCGCCUGGUCGCCGCCUCCCCGGCCUUCCGCGACCGCUGGCUCCGCGACUACGGCGCGCUCGGCCUGCUCGACGCCGACGAGGGCGGCCCGGACGAGGACGCCGAGGUCGUCGACAGCUUCCUCCCCGACGAGCUCUUCUCCCCUCCGCCGCCGCGCCAAGAGGCCGAGCGGGACGGAGGCGCGGCCGGCAAGAGGGGCGGCAGCGGGGGGCUUGAGGUGGCGGCGUGGGGGAUCGACAAGUGGUGGCGCGCGCACGGCGGGCCGCCGGAGGCCCCGAGGUACGCGGAGAAGGCGCCGCGGAGGGUGGCCGGCUUCGCCAGGGUGAGCCCCCGGCCCAUCCAGCAGCCCCGCUGAAGCGCCGACCCAGCACACGCGCCGUCCCUCCACCACCACCAGUCAGUGCCAGAUCUUGGCGCAGGAAAAUAGGCAAAAGAAACAAAAAAGUUUUUCCCCUUCCAAUCUUUGCUUGGUUCUUAGUCUUGCGUUGUUUUGGUUCAGCCCGAGAUGAUCCACUGCGCUGUGCUCGAUCGCUUGGUGUAAAUAUGAUGAUGAUGUAAUAACAUGCAGUGAGACUCUAGCUUUCAGUUGCAGAUUCAGUUUCAGGCAUGCA